AUGAGCAGCUCUUCCGACAACGGCGGCACCACGCCGUACCACGGGCUAGACGAGCACGCCAAAGACGAGAUUCGUGAGCUCGCGCGCACGUUCACCAAUGCGUCCGCGACGAACACGCACGCGUCCGAGGGCGGAGCCUCGACGCACUCGACGCCCGGCAUCAACCCUGUGUUUACCAACGCCGGCUCCCCCGCUUACAACCCCAAGCUGGACCCGAACUCGGAGGACUUUUCGUCUGCCGAGUGGGUCCGCAACAUUAGCAGACUCGUCAUGAGCGAUCCUGACCACUACAAGCCUUACUCCAUUGGCUGCUCGUGGACCAACCUGCGCGCCUACGGUAACUCGACCGACGUCGCGUACCAGUCCACUGUGGCUAACCUGCCGGUUAAGUUGACCGAAUUUCUGUACAGAAACGCGCGCAAGGCGCGCGCUGAGGACACCUUCGACAUUCUUAAGCCCAUGGACGGGCAGAUCAACCCCGGAGAGCUUCUGGUCGUCCUGGGACGUCCAGGUUCCGGGUGUUCGACACUGCUAAAAUCCAUUUCUUCCAAUACCCAUGGUUUCCACGUCGACAAGGAGACCACUAUUUCCUACGAUGGCAUGACGCCCAAAGAGAUCAACAAGCACUACAGAGGUGAGGUUGUCUACAACGCCGAGGCCGAUGUGCACUUCCCACACCUGACGGUCUUUGACACUCUGUACACAGUAGCAUUGCUUUCGACCCCAGAGAACCGUAUCGAGGGCGUCAGCCGUGAAGAUUUCGCGAAGCACGUGACAGAGGUCGCCAUGGCCACGUAUGGGCUCCUGCACACCAAGAACACCAAGGUGGGUAACGAGCUUGUCAGAGGUGUCUCUGGUGGUGAGCGUAAGAGAGUAUCCAUCGCCGAAGUCUCGAUCUGUGGUUCAAGAUUCCAGUGUUGGGAUAACGCCACAAGAGGCCUGGAUUCUGCUACAGCUUUAGAAUUUGUUAAGGCUCUGCAAACUAAUGCAAAGAUGACUCUUUCUUCAGCGGCCGUCGCCAUCUACCAAUGUUCUCAAGACACUUACGAUUUGUUUGACAAAGUGUGUGUCUUGCAUGAGGGAUAUCAGAUUUUCUUUGGUCCCGCCAACGAAGCAAAACAGUACUUCGAAGAGAUGGGCUACGUGUGUCCUGCCAGACAAACCACUGCAGACUUUCUCACAGCCGUAACCAACCCAGCUGAGAGAAUUGUGAAUAAAGAGAAGACAAAUAUCCCCUCGACCGCCCAAGAGAUGGAAGCUUACUGGAAGCAAUCAGAGAACUAUAGACGUCUGUUGAGAAGUAUUGAAGAAUACAACAGCUCUAACGCCGAAGAAAAGCAAGCCGAACUGCGUGAAGCCCACGUUGCUAAGCAAUCGAAGCGCUCUAGGCCAGGCUCUCCUUACACAGUCAGCUACGGGAUGCAAGUCAAGUACUUACUCCAGAGAAACUUUAAGAGAAUCCGUAAUAGCAUGGGACUGACGCUCUUCAUGAUCAUCGGAAAUGGUAGCAUGGCCUUCAUUUUAGGUUCAAUGUUCUACAAGAUUCUGAAACACGACAGUACAGCAAGUUUAUACUCCAGAGCUGCCGCAUUAUUUUUUGCGGUGUUGUUCAAUGCAUUCUCGUGUCUGCUGGAAAUCUUGGCUCUAUAUGAAGCCAGGCCAAUCUCAGAGAAGCACAAGCGUUACUCGCUUUACCAUCCAUCGGCGGACGCGCUCGCCUCCGUUAUAUCAGAGGUGCCCACUAAACUUCUAACAUCCAUCGUCUUCAACAUUACACUCUACUUUUUGUGCAACUUCAAACGGAAUGCGGGUGCAUUCUUUUUCUACUUUUUGAUGACCCUUGUUGCUACAUUUGCUAUGUCCCAUAUUUUUAGGUGUUUGGGAGCAGCUACAAAGACUUAUGCGGAGUCCAUGGUACCUGCAUCUGUUCUAUUGCUUGCCAUGUCAAUUUACACAGGUUUCGCAAUCCCUAAGACAAAGAUUCUUGGAUGGGCUAAGUGGAUAUGGUACAUCAAUCCCCUGGCGUAUAUUUUUGAGUCCUUAAUGGUUAAUGAGUUCCACGACCGCAGCUUUACAUGCUCUCAGUUUAUUCCCGCUGGUGCCGGGUAUCAAGAUAUCUCUGGAGUUGAAAGGGUAUGCUCAAGUGUUGGAUCCGAAGCUGGCCAAACCGUGGUUGAAGGUGAAAGAUACAUCAACAUUAGUUACGGCUAUUACCACAGCCACAAGUGGCGUGGAUUCGGUAUUGGCAUGGCUUACGCGAUUUUUUUCUUGGGUGUUUACUUGGUCUUCACAGAAUUCAACGAAAGCGCCAAGCAAACUGGUGAAGUUUUGGUAUUCACUCACUCUACGUUGAAGAAAAUGAAGAAGGAGAGAACGAAGAAGUCUCAAGAUCUCGAGUACAAUGCCGGUGCUGUUUCUACCAGUGAGAAAAAGCUUUUGGAGGAAAGCAGCGAUAACGGGAGCUCUACUUCCUCCAUGGAGGGCGCCCAGUUGAGUAAAUCUGAAGCCAUUUACCACUGGAGAGACGUUUGCUACGACGUUCAAAUCAAAAAGGACACCAGGCGGAUUUUGGAUCACGUUGACGGCUGGGUCAAACCUGGCACCCUGACUGCACUCAUGGGUGCAUCUGGUGCUGGUAAAACCACCCUGCUUGACUGCUUGGCAUCAAGAGUAACGACAGGUACUAUCACGGGUGACAUGUUUAUUAACGGUUACCUUCGUGACUCGUCGUUUGCUAGAUCUAUAGGAUAUUGUCAGCAACAGGAUCUGCAUCUUGAAACUGCUACAGUGAGAGAGUCUUUGAGGUUCGCUGCCUACUUGCGUCAACCAGCAUCAGUUUCCGUUGAGGAGAAAAACAAGUAUGUGGAAGAGGUUAUCAAGAUUCUGGAAAUGGAAAAAUAUUCUGAUGCCGUUGUCGGCGUGGCAGGAGAGGGUUUGAAUGUUGAGCAGCGCAAAAGGUUGACCGUUGGUGUCGAAUUGGCAGCUAAGCCAAAACUUCUUUUGUUUCUUGAUGAACCUACGUCUGGCCUCGACUCCCAAACAGCUUGGUCUAUUUGUCAGUUGAUGAGAAGACUUGCCAAUCAUGGGCAAGCCAUCUUGUGUACGAUUCACCAGCCUUCCGCUUUACUGAUGCAAGAAUUUGAUAGGCUAUUGUUUUUGCAGCGUGGUGGUAGAACCGUUUACUUUGGAGACUUGGGUGAGGGUUGUCAAACAAUGAUCGACUAUUUCGAAAAGCAUGGUGCGCACCCAUGUCCAAAGGGUGCGAACCCUGCAGAGUGGAUGCUUGAAGUUAUUGGUGCUGCUCCUGGUUCCCACGCAAAUCAGGAUUACAAUGAAGUUUGGAGAAACUCCGAGGAAUACAAAGCUGUUCAGGAAGAAUUGGAGUGGAUGGAAAGAGAACUACCAAAGAAGCCAAUGGACAAUUCGGCUGAACAAGGUGAAUUCGCUUCAUCUCUUUUCUACCAGUACUAUUUAGUGACGCACCGUUUGUGUCAGCAAUACUGGCGUACUCCAUCUUAUUUGUGGUCAAAGACAUUGUUGACAAUCAUUUCCCAGCUCUUCAUUGGAUUUACAUUUUUCAAGGCAGACAACUCAUUGCAAGGUCUUCAGAACCAGAUGCUUUCAGUCUUUAUGUUCACAGUUAUUUUCAACCCAAGUUUACAGCAGUAUUUGCCAACUUACAUUUCACAAAGAGAUCUUUACGAAGCUAGAGAACGCCCAUCUAGAACUUUCUCCUGGGUGGCCUUCAUAAUGUCGCAAAUCACAGUUGAGAUUCCAUGGAACAUCUUGAUUGGUACCAUUGGCUUUUUGUGCUACUACUACCCAGUAAGCUUCUACAGGAACGCGUCUUACGCUGGCCAGCUUCACGAAAGAGGUGCUUUGUUCUGGUUGUACGCUACUGCGUUUUACAUUUUCACCAGCUCCAUGGCUCAAUUAUGUGUUGCGGGUCAGGAGGUUGCUGAGUCCGCAGGACAAACUGCAUCUUUACUUUACACCAUGGCGCUGUCUUUCUGUGGUGUUAUGGUGACACCCGGUAAUUUGCCUGGUUUCUGGAAGUUUAUGUACAGGGUUUCACCUUUGACCUACUUCAUUGAUGGCGUACUAUCAACAGGUGUGGCCAAUUCCAAGGUUGAAUGCUCCAGUUACGAGUUUGUUGAAUUUUCUCCUCGUUCUGGGCAGACAUGUGCUGAAUAUAUGUCGUCAUACAUCUCUUCUACUGGUACAGGUUAUCUGAAGGAUCCCGAUGCAAUGGACAACUGCUCGUUCUGUACAGUUUCCUCGACUAAUUCAUACCUGAGCGCUGUUAGUUCCAACUACGCUCACAGAUGGAGAAAUUACGGUAUCUUUUUGUGCUACAUUUUCUUCAACUUCUGUAUGGCGGUGUUCUUGUACUGGUUGGCAAGAGUUCCUAAGAAGAAGAACAGAGUCGCCGACGAGAGGGACCCCAACGCGAAGAAAUGA